UGAAAGUACGAUAGAUUAUGCGAAUGAGAAUGCAUGAACAGAUUUUUUUGUUAUCAGUUAUAGAUCCGGCAUUUAAUCAUCUUUGAAUGGAUUUAAGUUAAAUUGAAAUGGGGAUGCGUCUGCAAUUAUCUUAUUUUAUUUUGUUCUUUCCGUUGGUAUUUUGUUCGAGUUGUCCGCUUGACUAUUUGCCUGGACAAAUUAUUGGAUGUUUCAAUCAUGAACCGGAAGCAAACGACCAAUCGGUACACGAUCAGAUUCAGACAGAGUGUGCUGUCAGGUACCAAAAUAUCUCGAAAGUGUAUGUUUGCAUUAACAACCAGUGGGUUGGAAAAAUAGGAAACUUGAAAGCUGAUCAUAAAAUCGCCAUGUUACUUCCAAGACACAAACGUUUUCUUGGUGAUCUAUGGAAGUUUCUCUUCGGCUCCAGAUCAAGAGAUAACUCCCCGCCGUCUCUGAAAUGCCCUGAAGUUCAACCAUUGCUUGCAGAACCAUUGCAAUCGUACGCGCGGGUCUUUUGGAAGGAACCUGCUUAUGCUCUCGACGACAGAGAUGGGUGGUUAAUAGCUAACCAAAUAAGUGGCAAAUCAUCUGGAAGUUAUUUUACCGAAGAUGAAUGGCCCGUGAAAUACAUAGCCAAGGAUAAAGUCGGGAACUGGGCAACAUGUGUAAUACCGAUUUAUGUCAAAGUUGUCAAAUGCCAAACACCGUCAGGCAUUAAAAAUGGUUAUUUUCGUUGCAAUUCUGGGUCUGUCCUCCUGCUUGGUUCGAAUUGCGAAUAUGGCUGCUAUGGUGGCUUUGACCUUAUUGGUAAAAGUCAACUUACCUGCACACGUGAAGGAAUCUGGUCAGCCCCGACACCGGCAUGUUCUCCGUGGCAGUGCCCUCAUCUGCCGAACAUCAAUGGAGCUGGAUUUCCAAGCUGUACCGAUGGUCAGUCCUACAGAAGUAUAUGUGAAUACACAUGUGAGAAGCCCGGGUAUGAUAUGCCGCCACUGGUUGGAAAAACUCUCAUUUGCUCGGAAGAUAAAACCUGGCAUCAUGUUGGAACUCCCAUAUGUGUUGAUGUAGAACCACCAGUGUUCGAAACAUGUCCGAGUACUUUAGUCUACGGAACGGAAAGAAGUUCCAACAAAUCUCUCGUCACCUGGAUAGAGCCAACAGCGUCCGACAACAGUGGUGAACCAGUCCACGUGUACCUGGUUCGUGGUCAUAAGACCGACACAAGGUUAUCGGCUGGCCAGUACGACAUUAUCUAUGGUGUUCGUGACCAGACAGGCAACACCGGAAAUGAAUGUGGAUUUUCAGUAAUUGUGCGGGAUAUUCGGUGUCCCAUGAUAUACCCCACUCCCUAUACGCGCGUGUCCUGCCCAGAUGGCACCCGUACCGGGGCAUUGUGUGCCAUAUCAUGUGAGCCUGGAAAGAAACUGUUGGGUAUUGACAGCGUUUCAUGUGAACAAACCAUGGAUGGGCUUUUUGGAGUUUGGAACUGGAAAAACGAUACACAGUCAAUUUGCGAAAACACACUACAAUGCACACCACUUGAGCCGCCUAAGAGUGGGGCAAUAGCGUGCGACAACUGGCUGGGUGGCGAGUUCUGUCAGGCACAGUGUCAGAACGGAACGGAAAUGCCAAAUGUUGACCUAAAUGGAUUGUACGUUUGUGACGAUGUUGGCAACUGGAUUCCACCUCCUAUGUUCAAAGCUUGUCAAGCAAUACACAUACCUAUUCAACAAAGCACAGUGGUGAACGCCGCUGUGACCUUCGAUGGUGAUUGCUCAACUUUGGAAUCACAAAGGCAGAUAGCCGAGAAUUUCAUCUACCAGCUGCAGCACAGUAUUUUCUUCCACCCGGAAGUUUGCCCAGACAAUACGGACUGUAACCCUGACAACGUGCAGAUAUCCUGUGGAGAGGUUGACCGUCGAAGAAGAUCCGCAUAUGGCAUGCCGUUGUAUGUAAACAAAACACACGUUUCAGUACAAAUAAGGUUGUACCUACCGACAAUGACAGACGAUAUCCAAGAUGCUCGUAUUCAAUACCAGACAGUAUUGUCGAAUGUUCAACGUUUUGUAUCUUACGACGCUGAGAGAAUAUUUGGAGACAUUUUGGUGCAUGACAUAAAUGUUGAAGGUGAAGGAAUUAUAACCCAUUGCGACCUCGGAACAGUAGUUUCGGAAGAUGGACUAAGAUGUGUUGAAUGUCCGGCUGGAACGUAUUUCUACGAAAAAAUGGAUAGUGACAAUUCAGACUGCUACCUGUGCCAAAAGGGUUUCUAUCAAGACCAAGCUCGUCAAACUAAUUGCAAACGUUGUCCUGUAGCCAAAACAACAAAGCACAUCGGAACUCAAGACAGGGCCCAGUGCAGAGACGCAUGUCCUGUCGGCAUGUUUUCCUCAGACGGCUUACCACCCUGUUCUCCGUGUUAUGUUGGAUUCUAUCAGUCGGAGUAUGGGCAGGUCAAUUGCACUCGAUGUCCGGCUGGAAUGACAACGAAGACUUUUGGAUCCGGAAGCAUUGCAGAUUGCUCUGGAGAGAAAUUCGUCAAAAGAAAAAUAUCAAAACUUGGCAUUGUCGAUGGCAAAUGGCACCAGGUUGUUGUUUUCAACAAGAACUGCUCCAUGGAAUUUCAUCUGGAUGGAGCACCUUUAUUUGUUAAUAUAACAGAGUCACCUUGUGAACCUCUGACCGUGUCGAAAAUAAGAGUUACAAAUGGUGGUGGUCGAAGCGUGUCCUUAACGCAGUUGAAUAUUUGGUAUGGCAUCCGUAACGUGAAAAUGAAUCGAAGUUGUUUAAAUUCAGAAGAAGGAACCAUUAUUCACUGGCAGGCGUUUGAUGCCGCUAUUUUAGAUGGAACGUUCACAACCAUCCCCAGCCAAUGCGAUGAUCUUGACGAAUGCUUUUCAAUGCCCUGUAUACAUGGAGUCUGUAAGGACAUGCUGCACGAUUUCAUAUGCACGUGCAAUAGUGGUUUUAAUGGCAAGCAGUGUGACGUCAACAUAGAUGAUUGCGAAACAAACGUUUGCUUAAAUGGAGCAACGUGCAUAGAUGGUGUUUCUAAUUACACCUGCCGAUGCGCGGACAGCUACACAGGAGAAUUUUGUGAAAUAUUUAUGGUUGAUGGACAAUGGAACAAAUGGGGAAACUGGUCAGAAUGUUCAACCAGUUGCGGAGAAGGACACAUGAUCCGGACACGACUUUGUAACAAUCCUCUUCCUGACAAUGGUGGCAAAUAUUGCCCUGGAUCAGAUGUUGAUUUCAUUGCUUGCACUCCACUUGCAUGCCCAGUUUGUCCUGAGUUUUUUGCUCCAUUGAACGGAUCAGUUGAGUGUAUUAACACAUCGGAUACCAUAAACUGCACAAUAUUCUGUGACGCUGGAUUCGACUUUGAUAUUGCGCCAAUGCAAGUCUAUACGUGUGGUCUAAAUACUGGGAAUGUAUGGAAUUAUCAGACGUCAGUAAAUCCACAAAGAAGUCUGCCUAAAUGCACAGGGACGGGAAUCGGAGUUGGAUGCGGACUUUUGGCUCUUAUCGUAGUUGCCAUUUGUUGCUUCGUGCGCUACAAGUCCAAACAAAGGAAAUACAGGCAAGAGAGCGCUAACGUCAAUCAGACAACCAGACGCUUUCCCCGUCCACCAGACAACAAAACGCAAGCAAGAAACCGGUCAGGUAUCAGACAACAAAUCGCCGGUCGCAAAGCGGACUCGUCUACCAGACAACAGGGCACUGAACCAACCAGAGAAUAUGCACCGUACCGUUUUUUGACGCCACGCGUUGAUCGACGACCAUGCAGAUUUUCAGAAUCAAAAAUUGUGCAGAAACCACAAACUAUUGCCACUGCUCCUGGGGAGAGUGGCAGCCAUGGUCUGCUUGUACCGUGUCCUGUUCUAGCGGCAACGGAGGGACUCACACGCGGAGACGAGCCUUGUACCACGACCUUCGAUCAGAAUGCUUCAGUGAACACGCCUGCCCGGAUUCACACCAUGUCGUUGAGGUUACGAUUUGUAAUGCUCGAUGCGAAAACUGUGCCGAUGACGUUUGCAGCAGCGGCACAUGCAAAAACGGCGCAGUAUGUUUUAGACGAAACGGAGGUUAUUCGUGCUCUUGUUCACAAUUUUGGACAGGCAAAAACUGUGAAGUCGCUGUGGAUCUUCGGGGUCCUGGCGACCUGCUAUACAGGUUCAGGAAUGUGUUCAAGCGGUACAUGGACCUACGGACAGAUGUGUAUCAUGCAGUGCCAGAAAGGGUAUGACGUUCCUGCAAGCAUCUACGGGGAAUUCGUAUGUGGGAAAUCAGAUGGAAAAUGGAGGCCAAACGAUCAUGUUCCUGACUGUAAUGAUGAUCAGUUGUCCAACACGAAAAUCGCCCUCCGAAGCUCAACUCGUGAAGAGAUCAAGCAAUGGUCAACAACAUGCGCAUCAUAUGUGACGGCAGAAUACAACAUUGAUGCACUUGUGAAGGCAACAGGGGCCCGAGUGUUAAAACCAUCGAUGUGUGACGCACUGAUGAAUCAAGUAGAGGUGAAAAUCAAAGAGCUAGGUUGUGUGCGAGAGAAUACAUGCACGAUAAAUGUGAGGUCUGAGGAAUGUAAUACUUCGACGCCUCAUGGCGUGACCAUAAAAAUCGAAAUGAAACCAAAAAGCGAGGACGGUAUUCAACAAUACAAAAGAACAACCGACAGCGUAAAUACAUUUGUGGAACAUAUCCUUGAUCUCGACAAAAUUGCCCAGCACAUCGUCAACCAAUCACACGAUUUCUUCAAAGUGACUCUUGACGGGAUUGAAUACAACGUCAAUCCCGGUGCCUCGGGCCUAGGCGUUAUAUCGUCCAUGAAUUGCCCAAAAGGAUCAGUGAGACUCGAUAUGGUUUGCACUCAAUGUCCUGUUGGAACAUAUUCGGACAGAGGAGUAAUCAUCUUAUGUCCUGAGGGAGGUUAUCAGGACGAAACCGAACAGACAGAAUGCAAGAAAUGCCCCCCUGGGCACACGACGUUUGGAAUAGGAUCUGUGAAAUUGGCAGAUUGCAAAAAAUCUAAAAGAUGA